AGUUGAGAUGUGUGCACUUCCAAUCUCUAGAGCAAAAAUACCUGUUGAAAUCAUGGCGGAGAAAGGAAUAUCUGCCUCGAAUAAGGGAGGAGAUGAUGAGGGCAGAACGAUAUUGGUGUCAGGAGUCCCAACUGAAUUCCGUUUGGAAGCCAUUCAGUCUUAUUUUGAGAACAAGAGUAGAUCAAGUGGAGGACCUAUUAAAGGAAUCCCAGAACGGAUCCAAGAUUCUGGGAAAGUUAUUAUCACUUUUGAAUCGGAAAAAGAUGCAGAAAAUGUCAAAAAGAAGGUUCAUUAUGUAAACAAACAUAUACUUCAUGUGUACUGGUAUAAAAAUCUAGUUUGGCAAGAAGAUGCAAUGAUUGUGUCAAAUGGCCCCAAAGACAUGUCUAAAGAAAUGUUAAUAGAUUUUUUUGAAGAGAACUGGAAAUUAGAAAUUGUAGAUGUCUUCCCUGGAAGAAAUCCUGGAACUUUUCUUGUGUAUUGCCAAAGUGAAAUUGAUUUUGGGAAUGUUCAGAAGCUGUGCCAAAACAACCCCUUAAAAGGAAAUCAACUGAAAGUGGAUAGAAUUAAGGAAAUAAACAGUGUUCAAGUGGAAAACGUUUCUUCAAAUGUCAGCUCUGAGAGACUUCAGAGUUAUUUUGGAAACAGAAAAAAAAGUUCUGGUGGAGAUAUUUCUUCAGUUCAACAACAAACCUCUGAUACUUACAUUGUAAGUUUUAAAGAGGCAUGUGUUGUGCUGGACGUUUGUAGAAGACGACAUCAACUGGAAGGUAUGAAGGUGAAUGUUCAACCGUUCUGGGUACCAUGUGAAGAAAAUACCAUUUCAAGCCAGCAAGUCCAUGACUAUUUACUACCUUCCCAGUUCCAUCUGACUUUCUUACAGAAACAUCAAUUAGUAUUUGAUUCCAAGUUAAAGGAAUUGGCUGAAGUAAUUUGGAAAGAUUCCAAGAGUAAUAAACUCAAAUUAAAAUAUUCUGAAGAAAAUUUUGAAGAAAUUGAAAAAUGUUUGGAAGAUUUAUUAAAUUCCAUUACUGUUGAAAUUAUUUAUGUUCCAGAUGAAAUUUUUGAAGACAUUGUCAGAACAUUUAAAAGUGAAGAUGAUAAGAAGUAUUUUUAUUUUGAUUUCCGAUAUCAUAAAGUUCAUAUUUUGGGAUUUGAUAAAAGUAGUGUAAUUAAAAUGAAAAAGAGACUUUUGGAUAAUCUUAGAACGGAACGUGAGGAUGAGUUAAAUAUUCACGAAAGAUGUAUUCUGUCUGGUCUCGAAUUUUUUGCGGAUGCAGAAAGACAAUUUGAAGGUCUAAAAGUCACAGCUGAAAGUAACAAAGUUAUUUUUGAAGGCCAGUAUUCCAAAGUAACUAAUUGUCAAAAGAAUAUGUAUGAAAUUCUUCGGUCAAUUGUAAAAUCUGAAUUGUGUUUGCCUUUAAAUACUGGAAUGAUCAUAAAUAAAAAAUCAGUGAAAGAAUAUCUUGAUGAAAAACUGAGAAACAAGAAAUGUAUCGGUUCAUGGGAAACGGGUGAUGGUGAUUCAGUAAUACUUUAUGCAAGUGAUAAAACACAUCUUUCACUUUUGGAAGAAAUCAUGAAAGAAACUUUUGUUGCCAAUACACUGGAUUUUGUAGACAAAAUUAAGGAUACUCCAAUUCAUGGAAUGUGGCUGACAUAUUUUGAAAGUCUAAAAGAAGAGUUUCCAGAUUUCUGUUUUUUUGGAGAAGAUUCUAUUGUUGCUGUUGAUGCUGUAGUUAAUGAUAUAAAAACCAAAAUUGAUAACUUUAAGCAAUCUUUAAUUUAUGAAUCUUAUAUAUCGAUGCCUCUUGAACAUUUCCUCUUUCUUAAAGAGUUCAAAGAACAGGAAAUCAAUGACUUUAGUGGGAAACAUAAAAUUAAGAAUGUGUGUCUCAAAGAUAAUAAGUUACACCUGGAAGGAACACAAAACCAAAUUAGGAAAAUGGAAACAUUUAUAGAAAACUUAAGAAAAGAUAUCAGCUCAAAAGAAGAAAACUUUGAAAUGUUUGGAUUUCAAGAAUUUCUGGAAAAUGAAGAAGGAAAGAAUUUCUUAUGUAAAAUGCAGAAGCAAUCUGAGAGCAUAAUAUUAAAUUCAGAUUUAGGAAGUGAAACAGAUGAAAUAGUUAAUUUUAUAUUGGAAAAUAUGGGAGAAGGUGCAGCAGCCAUUGUGCAGAAAGAAACCACAUCUUCAAACCCAUCCCCUCUUCAUCCACAACAGAAAGUACCCUCCAUGAUACCCAGAACUAAUGUGACAUCCAGAGAAAAUGCUGGCAUUAAAAUAAACCUAAUGCCUGAUUCAAUUUCUAAUGCAUCUGUUGAUGUCAUCGUUAACAGCACCAAUAAAAACCUCCAGCUUAAUGAUGGUUCUAUUUCCAAAUUUAUUCUCAAUGCUGCUGGUCCCCAGAUACAAAGCGAAUGUAGCCAGAAAUAUCCUCAAGGUAUUUCUACAUCUAACAUAGCCAUUACUAAAGGAUAUAACCUCAAAUGUAAGAAUGUAUUUCAUCUGGUAUUACCUUCCUGGGAUGAAAAUUCUUCUGAUUCAAUUCUGGCAAACUUGACUCAAAUAAUAACCAUUUGUCUGGAAACUGCUGAGAAAAUGGGUGCAAAAAGCCUUGCAUUUCCUAUAUUAGGGGCUGGGACAUUGAAGUACCCCAUUGAAAACCUACCCAGAACAAUGUAUGAAGCAGUGAAAAACUACUCAAUUCAAAAUUCAAGCCAGAUCAAAGAUGUUUACUUUGUGGUUUAUCCUCAAGACACAGAAAUUCUGAAGAAAUUUGAUGAAUAUUUCCAAGGAAACACAACAGGUAGUUCAACUGCAUCAUCAGGAACCUCCCCUCUUCAUCCACAACAGAAAGCAGCUUCUGUGACACCCAGAACUAAUGUGGCAUUGACAAAGAAUCCUGGCAUCAAAAUAAACUUAAUGACUGAUUCAAUUUCUAAUGUAUCUGUUGAUGUCAUCGUUAACAGCUCCAAUGAAGAACUCCAGCUUGACAAAGGGUCUAUCUCCAAAUUUAUUCUCAAUGCUGCUGGUCCCCAGAUACAAAACGAAUGUAACCAGAGAUAUCCUCAAGGUAUUUCUACAUCUAAAAUAGCUGUCACUAAAGGAUAUAACCUCAACUGUAAGAAUGUAUUUCAUCUGGUAUUACCUCCCUGGGAUGUAAAUUCCCCUGAUUCAAUUCUGGCAAACUUGACUCAAAUAAUAACCACUUGUCUGAAAAAAGCUGAGGAAUUGGGAGCAAAAAGCCUUGCAUUUCCUAUAUUAGGAGCUGGAACAUUGAAGUACCCCAUUGAAAUCCUACCCAGAACUAUGUAUGAAGCAGUGAAAAACUACUCAAAUCAAAAUUCAAGCUGGAUCAAAGAUGUUUACUUUGUGGUUUAUCCUCAAGACACAGAAAUUAUGAAGAAAUUUGAUGAAUAUCUCCUAAAUAAACCAGUAAAUGAAGGAGUUCAUUCAAAAGACACUGUAUCGUCAAAUGCAUCCCUUCCUGGCUCACAACAGGAAUCAUCCUCUAUGACACCCAGAACUAAUGUGACAUCCAGAGAAAAUGCUGGCAUUAAAAUAAACCUAUGGAUUGAUUCAAUUUCUAAUGCAUCUGUUGAUGUCAUCGUUAACAGCUCCAAUAGGCAUCUCCAGCUUGACAAAGGGUCUAUCUCCAAAUUUAUUCUUUUUGCUGCUGGUCUCCAAAUGCAAGAUGAAUGUAACCAGAGAUAUCCUCAAGGUAUUUCUGCAUCGGAAAUAGCCAUCACUAAAGGAUAUAACCUCAACUGUAAGAAUGUAUUUCAUCUGGCAUUACAUGAAUGGGAUGAAUAUUAUUCUCAUUCAAUUCUGGCAAACUUGACUCAAAUAAUAACCACUUGUCUGAAAAAAGCUGAGGAAUUGGGAGCAAAAAGCCUUGCAUUUCCUAUAUUAGGAGCUGGAACAUUGAAGUACCCCAUUGAAAUCCUACCCAGAAUUAUGUAUGAAGCAGUGAAAAACUACUCAAAUCAAAAUUCAAGCCGGAUCAAAGAUGUUUACUUUGUCGUUUAUCCUCAAGACACAGAAAUUAUGAAGAAAUUUGAUGAAUAUCUCCUAAAUAAACCAGUAAAUGAAGGAGUUCAUUCAAAAGACACCGUAUCGUCAAAUGCAUCCCUUCCUGGCUCACAACAGGAAUCAUCCUCUAUGACACCCAGAACUAAUGUGACAUCCAGAGAAAAUGCUGGCAUUAAAAUAAACCUAUGGAUUGAUUCAAUUUCUAAUGCAUCUGUUGAUGUCAUCGUUAACAGCACCAAUAAAAACCUCCAGCUUAAUGAUGGUUCUAUCUCCAAAUUUAUUCUCAAUGCUGCUGGUCCCCAGAUACAAAGCGAAUGUAGCCAGAAAUAUCCUCAAGGUAUUUCUACAUCUAACAUAGCCAUUACUAAAGGAUAUAACCUCAAAUGUAAGAAUGUAUUUCAUCUGGCAUUACCUCCCUGGGAUGAAUAUCCCCCUGAUUCAAUUCUGGCAAACUUGACUCAAAUAAUAACCAUUUGUCUGGAAACUGCAGAGAGAAUGGGUGCAAAGAGCCUUGCAUUUCCUAUAUUAGGAGCUGGAAAAUUGAGGUACCCCAUUGAACAACUACCUGGAAUUAUGUAUGAAGCUGUGAAAAACUACUCAAAUCAAAAUUCAAGCCAGAUCAAAGUUGUAGACUUUGUGGUUUAUCCUCAAGACACAGAAAUAGUAAAGAAAUUUUAUGAAUAUCUCCAAAACAGACAGAAAAAUGAAAGACUUCUUCCAAGAGACACAGAUAUUUGUUUAUUUUCAGCAACCCCUUCACCAAACCCAUCCCUUCCUGAUCCACGACAGAAAGCACCCACCAUGACACCCAGAACUAAUGUGACAUCCAGAGAAAAUGCUGGCAUCAAAAUACAACUAUUGAUUGAUUCAAUUUCUAAUGCAUCUGUUGAUGUCAUCGUUAACAGCACCAACGAACAUCUCCAGCUUGACAGUGGUGCUAUUUCCAAAUUUAUUCUCCAUAAUGCUGGUCCUGAGAUACAAGAUGAAUGUAGCCAGAGAUAUCCUCAAGGUAUUUCUAUGUCUGAAAUAGCCGUCACUAAAGGAUACAACCUCAAAUGUGACAAUGUAUUUCAUCUGGCAUUACCUGCCUGGGAUGAAAAUUCUUCUCAUUCAAUUCUGGCAAACUUGACUCAAAUAAUAACCAUUUGUCUGGAAAAAGCUGAGGAAUUGGGAGCAAAAAGCCUUGCAUUUCCUAUAUUAGGUGCUGGGAUAUUGAAGUACCCCAUUGAAAACCUACCCAGAACUAUGUAUGAAGCAGUGAAAAACUACUCAAAUCAAAAUUCAAGCCGGAUCAAAGAUGUUUACUUUGUGGUUUAUCCUCAAGACACAGAAAUAGUAAAGAAAUUUAAAGAAUAUUUCCAACAAAUGCCAGCAGAUGGUUCAUAUGGUUCACAUGUAUCAUCAGAUGAUGAAGAUAUUGAUGAUGAAGAUGAUGAAGAUGAAGAAAUAGAAGAUAAUGUCUCUGCUGGUCAAAAAGUUGUUGGUGUCACAUUGAAAUUCUUUGCUAAAUACCAAAAUCUUGACAAUGCUAUAGAAACUGUUAAAAAGGAGUACGAUUCUCUAUUAACAACUCAGGAAAUACCAUUUGAUGUGGACUUGACAGAAUCUCGAAAGCUGCGUUUAAGGGAUAUUAGUAGAACAGAUAAAAUCCAGAUUUCUGUCAGUGACACAAUUACAAUUUAUGGCAGACAGCCUCAUGUAAAAGAUGCUAAACUCUCUGUCCAAUCAUUAUUAAUGGAAUUCAAAGAAACUGAUGAGGAGACUCUUAUUAAGGAAAUGGUACAAUGGUCUUACUUUGAAGAAAGUUUUCCAGAAAACCUAAGAAUGUUUAGUGACAAAGAAAAUGCCAAGCUUGAGAAAGCAUACACACUGAAAAAGAAAUUCAUUAAUUGGAAGAAAAUAAAAUACAAUUUUCAGAAAAUGAGUUUUCGACUCGGAGGGAGGGAAUUUAAAAUGAAGAGGAAACAAAACAUAAAGGAAGAAUUGAUCCCUGAUACAUGGUCACCAAUGGGAGACGAGGAAUUAUUUAAAAUUGUUCCAGUCACAAAUGGACCAGAAUAUGAUGACAUCCAGGCCACUUUCCGUCAGAAUUUGCCUUCCUAUCGUAUAAUCAAAAUUGAGAGAAUUCAAAAUAAAACAUUGUACCAGGGAUACCAAGCAUUGAAAAGAAAGUUUGAGGUAGAAAAUCCAAACAUUUCAAAUGAAGUUGAUGGCCUUUGGCAUGGUACUGCUGAAGGAGCUGUUGAGGGAAUAAAUAAAUCAGGAUUCAACCGUAGCUAUUGUGGUAGAAAUGCCACAGCAUUUGGUGAAGGUGUUUAUUUUGCCAAAGACAUCAAAUAUUCUGCAAGUGAUACCUAUUCUACUCCUGACCAUCACAGAAUAAAGAGGAUAUACCAAUGCAGUGUUCUUGUGGGAAAAGUGAUACAAGGACAACACAGAUUGAAAGUUUUACAGGAAUCUUACAAUUCUGCUGUUAAUAAUAUUCAAACACCCAGUAUUUAUAUUAUUUUCCAUGACUCUCAAGCAUAUCCUAAUUAUUUGAUUACAUUCUCUAAUCAGUGAAUAUAAUUGGAAUUCAUAAAACACAUAUAAUGUGAACAGGAAUAUAUUUAACAGAAGAAAGACAAAGAAAAUACA